UCAAAUCCUUACAUUCCAUGCUUGAAACUCUACUCUUCUCUUUCCGAGCAUAGCUGUGUUAGGAAAUGGCGGUUGCUUUGGCAAUAACAGGUGCAGAUGGGCAAUACAACGGUAGGAUGACCUUGUUCGUUGUUCUGUCAUGUAUGAUGGCAGCCAUGGGAGGAGUCAUCUUUGGCUAUGAUAUUGGAAUUUCAGGUGGAGUGACAUCUAUGGAGCCAUUCCUCAAGAAGUUCUUCCCGGACGUAUACAGAAAGAUGAAGGAAGACAGCAAAAUCAGCAACUACUGCAAAUUUGAUAGCCAACUGUUAACCUCAUUUACAUCUUCACUAUAUGUAGCCGGGCUUGUUGCUACUUUCUUCGCCUCAUCAGUUACAAAAGCUUUUGGUCGCAAGCCAUCAAUCCUGGUAGGAGGUGCUGCAUUCCUUGCUGGUUCAGCCCUUGGUGGUGCAGCUUUCAAUGUCUACAUGCUGAUAUUUGGUCGUAUCUUGCUUGGAAUAGGGGUUGGAUUUGCAAAUCAGUCAGUCCCUCUGUAUCUCUCAGAAAUGGCACCACCUAAAUACAGGGGAGCAAUCAACAAUGGCUUCCAGUUCAGUAUUGGCAUAGGAGCAUUGGUAGCUAACCUUAUUAAUUUUGGCACGGAAAAGAUAGAAGGUGGUUGGGGCUGGCGUAUUUCCCUAGCCAUGGCAGCAGUUCCAGCCUCAAUCCUGACAGUAGGUGCACUUUUCCUCCCGGAGACACCCAGCAGCCUAAUCCAGAAUAGCAGUGAUCACGGCAAGGCCAAAGUUUUGCUGCAACGAAUACGAGGCACCGGGGAUGUCCAAGCAGAACUCGAUGAUCUCAUCAAAGCAAGCAUAGUCUCUAAAACCAUCAACCAUCCAUUGAAGAAAAUCAUACAAAGAAAUUAUAGGCCUCAAAUAACAAUGGCAAUAGCCAUACCAUUUUUCCAACAAGUGACAGGCAUCAAUGUCAUUGCAUUUUAUGCUCCAAUUCUAUUCAGGACAAUUGGAAUAGGUGAAAGCGCUUCCCUCUUGUCCUCUGUGGUAACCGGAGUUAUAGGAGCCGGAUCUACAUUCAUAUCAAUGCUUGUUGUAGAUAAAUUCGGGCGAAGAACUUUAUUCAUGGUUGGGGGAAUCCAAAUGUUUGUCUCACAGAUGCUUGUCGGAGGACUCAUGGCAACUCAGCUAGGGGAUCAUGGUACAGUGAGCAAAGGGUGUGCUUAUUCAGUUAUAGUCUUGAUAUGUAUAUAUGUAGCUGGGUUUGGAUGGUCUUGGGGUCCAUUGGGAUGGUUGGUUCCAAGUGAGAUAUAUCAGCUAGAGAUUCGAUCAGCCGGGCAAAGUAUUACAGUGGCAGUAAGCUUUGUGUUCACUUUCAUUGUUGCGCAAACUUUUCUAAGCAUGCUUUGCCACUUCAAGGCAGGGAUUUUCUUCUUUUUUGGAGGAUGGGUGCUCGUGAUGACAGCAUUUGUGUACUUCUUGUUGCCAGAGACUAAGAAUGUGCCGAUUGAACAGAUGGAAAAAGUGUGGAAGGAGCAUUGGUUUUGGAAAAGAAUUGUUGGGGAACAGAAUGAGAAUAUCAAAAUUCAAGGUGUAUGAGAUUUGAUUUUAACUGAGAUUUUCAAUCUAAUUUUUCUUGCAAGAAGAAGAACAUAGAAAACAAGUUUGAUUACCAAUUCAAGAACUGGAGACAACUUUCUAAUUCAAAUCUUAAAAACAAUCAAUGUUUAAAUUCUCAGGUUUUAAGAUCCCAGAACUUUGGAUUUGGUUUGACAAUUGAAUUAUAGGUCAGACCACAGAGCAUCUUAACGAAAAGAAAAUUUUAUUGUUAAUUUAUUGUAAACCAAAAAAAAAAAUGGUUGGUCCCCUUCCGGACUAUAACCUGUUCUUAUUAUGGUCAUUUAGGUUUUUCUGUUUUUUAUACUUGCAAGUUAAGUUCAUCAACAUAGUCCUUUUAAUUAAUGGAUCAGGCAAUGUUUUCUUUUUCUUUUUUAAUAGUUGAAGUUG